CCUCAGAGGAAAUCGCGACACGUUCAGGGAGUUUACGACGCGUCACGGCGUUUGCUAAGUCACAUCCUCCCGUCACUAUCAACAUCAUCAUCAUGGACUCCUCUCCAGUCCUUCGUCAACAAAGUCAAAACAAAAUCCAGCGUGAUCUUCAAAGAAUGAAGAAUGACCAAAAUAAAAAGCCAGCAAGCCAGAAGUCAGCAAAACUCCUAUCAUCACCUCGACAUUCCCAAAAAGACGGAGAGAACAAAAAUCCAGGAGACUCCAAACCCAAUCAGAAGGUGCCUGUGCGACCCGGGGGGAGCAGACUUCCGGUGCUCGCAAAGUCCCUUCGCCUGCAGACUCCGUCCAACUUCAGUCAGGUCCACUGCGCCUGGGAAGAAAAACCUCUGGCUGGAAAAACCAAGACAAAGAAGCCGUGCACCCGGCCUGUGCCCUUCAACUUCUCUAAGCACAGAGGUUCAAGAGCGGCUACUGAAGGACGAUUAAAUGAUUUAAAAUCACACACCGUUGAUCAAACUACGACAAACACGUCAAAGACCAAACCGGCUCAGAGCAAAGGCGCAGACGCCACACAUCACCUGUCUGGACGGUCUGGCAGCUGCAGCACUUUGAAGGCUUGUGACCCGAAACCCAUCGUCCAUCACAAAGGAGCAUCUGCCACCAGUGCUGAAGUGUGUGUGAGCGACUUCAACCAGCUGAGUCUCCACAAUCCUUCAAAAAACUCCCAGCCUGCGCAGCCUGAUCCUCUGGAAGAAAAGGCCAACUACUUCCGUUGUGAUCACAAAGCUCUUCUGAGUAUCCUUCAGAACGAGGGAGUGAGCGUCUCGGGCCAGACCUCUGCAACACCGCAGUCGAAACCAUUCCACUCUCUGCCCCAGCGGGUUUCAAUCAUGAAGAGCCACCAUAAAGCUGGAACCACGAGAGGGCCCCCGAAGUCGGUACAGUUCUCCCCGGACCCCGCUGCUCUGCAGAGCAUCCUCCUGAAUGAGGGGGUGAAGGCCGGGGGGCCAGCGGGAAUGACACCUCGAAACUCCACCUGUCUGCCGGGCAGAGGCACUUCCAUCUGCACACCUCAGAGAGUCCCAGUUAAAAAGACUCCUGCAGAGUCGAUGGGUGGACUGGCAGCUGGAGCAGUAAAGGAGACUCCACAAAAUCCCUGGCACCCACAGAGAGUGCCCAACUCCAGGCAGCACCCCCUGUCUGCUCUGAAAUUUCAUCUGAUGGGCCCAAAGUCACCUUACUACACUCCGGGAAGCAGACGCUGCAAAAGCAAACUGCAGCCGCAAGAAGAGGUCAUCCAGAGGUUAUUUGACGAUCGGGAGGACGAGCAGAGCGACGAGGCGACCCACAAAGACCCGGCUCAAGCAUCAGAAAGUGACGUCCCCUGUGAGGAGAAGGGAGAAACCGUCACGACAUCCAGCGGCGUGGAGCCGCCGAGCUCGCAGGUUUUCAUUCAGGCACCGGGGAGAGAGUCUGUCAUCUUCUUCUCAUCGGGAACGAAGCUGUACAGAGUCCCCCCCGUCGAGGACCAGGUCAACCCGCCUGAGCGUCCUCGGACAGAGCUUCCAGGUCAGAAGACCUGCUCCCUGGCUCCUCCUGCGGAGAUGCUGCGGCGCCGUUUCCCACUGCUGGAGGAGGCCCGCAUGGACCACGAGGUCUCGACGUACACCUCCCAGCCGGUCCCCGCCUGCUCCAGGUUCCUGCCGCCCCGGCCUCGCUGUGGAAACCCGCUGGCCUCUGCCUUCCUCUUCGAGGAGUCCACUAGAUUUCUACCAAUCGACUGUCCUGUCUCAACCACCCACUGCGCUUCGUGACACUAAUGAACUUUUCUCUUUUCUGUCAGUAUUUCUUUCUGUUUCUAACAGUAUUGUGUAUUAAAUGUUUUUAGUGUACAGAAUUUCUA